UAUCCCAUCUAAAAGUGGCCUCUGGUACAGCCCAUAUAAGGUGACCUCCACAGUCCCCCUUCCUCCUCCCGACCUCCUCCUCCCCGCCGCCGCCGCCGCCUCUGUUCUCCGCGGGUUCGUGUCGGCAGCGUCUUCCACCCGAGCCAUCACCAUGCCGAAACAGAUCCACGAGAUCAAGGACUUCCUGCUGACGGCGCGGCGGAAGGACGCGCGGUCGGUGCGGAUCAAGCGGGCCAAGGGGGGCGCCGUCAAGUUCAAGGUGCGCUGCUCCAGGUACCUCUACACUCUCUGCGUCAACGACGCCGACAAGGCCAACAAGCUCAAGCAGUCGCUCCCGCCAGGUUUGAGCGUUCAGGAGGUUUAAGUAUCAAGGCAGACUAGGCUGUUUGCGGUAUCAGGGAUGAUUGCUCCAGUGUUGCUUAAGUAUAAUGUGUAGGUGACUUGUGCCAUGUUUGAAUGAAUUAUGAUGUUUUGGUUUGAAAUGUAAUGUUUGGAACUGAUGUGUUUGUAUUGGACCUAUGAGGCUGUGGUAGUGUGGACAGAUCAUAUUGUUCCUAUGUUCACUUAAAAUUGUGCAUCAUCUUCGUUCCUUA